UCGUCCCGUCGCAGCCGUCGUCUCCGGGUCUGGGAGACUGUCAGCACCAGUAGCCGGAGCUGGGGAGCGAGGGGCGGGGGCCGGCCCUCCGUCCCGCUCCGCAGCCUCUGUCUCCCCACUCAGGCCGCCGUGCCCCUCCAGCGCCAUGAGCGAGGCCCGCAGGGACAGCACCAGCAGCCUGCAGCGCAAAAAGCCACCCUGGCUGAGGCUGGACAUCCCGGCGGCGGCGCCCCCAGCGGCGGAGGAGCCUGGCCUCUUCCAGGUAGGCCCCGGCCGGCAGGGGCUGGGGGGGUGCCCUGUCCAGCCUCCUCACUGCGACCCUGCCGCCCAGCCCCUGAGACGUCAGGCUUUCCUGCGGAGUGUGAGUAUGCCUGCCGAGACCGCCCGUGUCCCCUCGCCCCACCGUGAGCCCCGGCGGCCUGUCCUGCAGCGCCAGACGUCCAUCACACAGACCAUCCGCAGGGGCACCGCGGACUGGUUCGGGGUGAGCAAGGACAGCGACAGCACCCAGAAGUGGCAGCGGAAGAGCAUCCGUCACUGCAGCCAGCGCUACGGAAAGCUGAAGCCCCAGGUCAUGCGGGAGCUCGACCUGCCCAGCCAGGACAACGUGUCUCUGACCAGCACGGAGACGCCCCCUCCACUGUAUGUGGGCCCGUGUCAGCUGGGCAUGCAGAAGAUCAUAGACCCCCUGGCCCGGGGCCGGGCCUUCCGUGUGGCAGAUGACACGGCCGAUGGCCUGAGUACCCCGCACACACCUGUCACGCCGGGUGCCGCUUCCCUCUGCUCCUUCUCCAGCUCCCGCUCGGGCUUCAGCCGGCUCCCGCGGCGACGCAAGCGCGAAUCAGUGGCCAAAAUGAGCUUCCGGGCAGCUGCGGCCCUGGUGAAGGGCCGCUCUCUUAGGGACGGCACGUUACGCCGGGUGCAGCGCCGAAGCUUUACUCCUGCCAGUUUCCUGGAGGAGGACACGGCGGACUUCCCUGACGAGCUGGACACGUCCUUCUUUGCCCGGGAAGGAGUCCUCCAUGAGGAGCUGUCCACGUACCCGGACGAGGUGUUCGAAUCCCCUUCGGAGGCUGCACUCAAGGACUGGGAGAAGGCCACGGAGCAGGCUGACCUCACGGGUGGGGCCCUGGACCGCAGUGAGCUCGAGCGCAGUCACCUAAUGCUGCCCCUGGAAAGAGGCUGGCGGAAGCAGAAGGAGGGGGGUGCAGCGGCCCCGCAACCGAAAGUGCGGCUGCGGCAGGAGGUGGUGAGUGCGGCGGGCCAGCGGCGGGGCCAGCGUAUCGCCAUGCCGGUGCGCAAGUUCUUUGCCCGGGAGAAGCGGCCAUACGGGCUGGGCAUGGUGGGCCGGCUCACCAACCGCACCUACCGCAAGCGGAUCGACAGCUACGUCAAGCGGCAGAUCGAGGACAUGGACGACCACAGGCCGUUCUUCACCUACUGGCUCACCUUCGUGCAUUCGCUCGUCACCAUCCUGGCGGUGUGCAUCUACGGCAUCGCGCCCGUGGGCUUCUCGCAGCACGAGACCGUGGACUCGGUGCUGCGGAACCGCGGGGUCUAUGAGAACGUCAAGUACGUGCAGCAGGAGAACUUUUGGAUCGGGCCCAGCUCGGAGGCGCUCAUUCACCUGGGCGCCAAGUUCUCGCCCUGCAUGCGCCAGGACCCGCAGGUGCACAGUUUCAUCCGCGCUGCGCGGGAGCGGGAGAAGCACUCGGCCUGCUGCGUGCGCAACGACCGGUCGGGCUGCGUGCAGACAUCGGAGGAGGAGUGUUCGUCCACGCUGGCAGUGUGGGUGAAGUGGCCCUUGCAUCCCAGUGCCCCAGACCUUGCCGGCCACAAGAGGCAGUUUGGCUCUGUCUGCCACCAGGACCCCAGAGUGUGUGAUGAGCCUUCCUCGGAGGACCCCCAUGAGUGGCCAGAUGACAUCACCAAGUGGCCGAUCUGCACCAAAAACAGUGCCGGGAACCACACCAACCACCCACACAUGGACUGUGUCCUCACGGGCCGGCCGUGCUGCAUCGGAACCAAGGGCAGGUGUGAGAUCACGUCUCGGGAGUACUGUGACUUCAUGAGGGGCUACUUCCACGAGGAGGCCACGCUGUGCUCGCAGGUGCACUGCAUGGAUGACGUGUGUGGGCUCCUGCCCUUCCUCAACCCCGAGGUGCCUGACCAGUUCUACCGCCUGUGGCUCUCCCUCUUCUUGCACGCCGGGCAAGUGAUACCAUAUGGGCUGAGCUAUGCCAGGAUCCUGCACUGCCUGGUGUCCGUCUGCUUCCAGAUGACCGUCCUGCGGGACCUGGAGAAGCUGGCCGGCUGGCACCGCAUAGCCAUCAUCUACCUGCUGAGUGGGGUCACUGGUAACCUGGCCAGUGCCAUCUUCCUGCCAUACCGGGCAGAGGUGGGCCCGGCCGGCUCCCAGUUCGGGAUCCUGGCCUGCCUCUUUGUGGAGCUCUUCCAGAGCUGGCAGGUCCUGGCGCGGCCCUGGCGAGCCUUCUUCAAGCUGUCGGCGGUGGUCCUCUUCCUGUUCACCUUCGGGCUGCUGCCCUGGAUCGACAACUUUGCACACAUCUCGGGCUUCAUCAGCGGCCUCUUCCUGUCCUUCGCCUUCCUGCCCUACAUCAGCUUCGGCAAGUUCGACCUGUACCGCAAGCGCUGUCAGAUCGUCGUCUUCCAGGCAGUCUUCCUGGGCCUCCUGGCCGGCCUGGUGGUGCUCUUCUACUUCUACCCCGUGCGCUGCGAGUGGUGCGAGUUCCUCACCUGCAUCCCCUUCACCGACAAGUUCUGCGAGAAGUACGAGCUGGACGCACAGCUCCACUGAGGGGCUGCCCCAGGCCUCCCGGGCCCGACCUUGGCCUGCGCGCCCGGUGUGCGGCCGGCCGGUGCCCUGCACUGACCUCUUGUGCCUUGCUCACUGUGGUGGACUUCUCGUCCUCCAGGGCGUUUACUACACUAGUUACCACGAUUACCUUCUAACGAGUUUUUUGACGACCACCUCGUGUGGCCAAUAAAUGCACCGGGAGCGUUUUAGCUGCCACUAACUUA